UUAGAUACAAAAUUACGAAGACCGGAGAGUUUCCUUAAUACUUUCUUAAAAUGAACGUAGCAAGAUACACAUUCCAAAAGAACUGGAGAAAACUCUAUAGCAUUGCUGUGCGAGACAUUCACGUAUCAUGCGUCAACAGAAACAUCAAUGAUGCGAAAGUUAUCGAUAAUCAAAUGAUUCGGAUGACUUGGGAUGAUAACGAAAUCUGUGAUUUUCCACAUAUAUUCCUCAGAGAUAACUGUCAAUGUUCCACUUGUUUUCAUCCUGAUUCAAAACAAAGAUUACUCGAUACUGUAAAAACUAUCGAUUUAAGCAUACAACCAAAGGAAGUUCAGUUGGACAAAUCAAAUUCAGAUGUUACCAUAACAUGGCCUGAUGAACACGUCAGCAAAUUUUCAAGUAAAUGGCUGAAGGAAAGGAAAUUUCCGAACGAAGGAGAAAAGAUUAAUUCCACCAUAUUCAAAGACAUCAAAAGGAUAACAUGGUCGUCGAAGUAUAUAAAAGAAAACAUGCCUUACAUAGAAUAUGACGACCUUAUGAAGAACGAUGAAACUUUGUUGCAACAUUUUGAAAAUUUGAUAUCACUGGGUUUGAGUAUUAUUAAAUCGGCUCCUGCAGAAUCUGGGGUUUUGAAUAGGAUAACAGAUAAAAUGACUUACGGAUACAUGAAGAAAACGCAUUACGGUGAAAUCUUCACAGUCAGGAACAAACCUUCGCCAAACAAUUUGGCGUAUACGGCAGGCUAUUUGCCACUACAUGUUGACCUACCAUAUAUAGAGUACCAGCCAGGGAUUCAACUUCUUCAUUGCAUCGAGCAAAGUGAUGGCAAAGAUUCCGGUGUUAAUCACUUAAGUGAUGGAUUCUAUACAGCAGAAAGGUUGAAGGAACAAUACCCAGACUAUUUUGAUCUGUUAUGCAAAGUCAAAUUCAAAUUUAACGAUAUUGGUGGGGACAUAUUUGGUGAAUUUAAUAAAGAACUUGAAAGACCUGUGAUCGGAUUGGAUGACUUUGGUGUGGUGCAAAGCAUCAGUUACAAUAAUCAUGUGCGAAGCUCAUUUGUCAAUGCUCCAUCAAAGACAGUCUUUAAAUCAUAUGAAGCUUUGUACGUUUCUACGCGCAUGCACUAUUCUGAAGUCCUUGAGUAUAAAAUGGAGCCAGGAGAUAUCAUGGUUUUUAAUAACAAGCGUGUUUUGCACGGACGAACAUCGUUUGAUCCCACCACAACAACGCGAUGGCUGGAGGGAUGUUAUUUUGACUGGGACGAGGUAGCGUCAAUAUAUCGGGUAACAAAAGCUAGGUUGAAUAAAGACAAGUAAGAUACAAAUAAAAGUUGUGAUAAAUUUGUUUCCAAUGUGUGUGUGCGUAAUGCAUGUAAUUUAAGGAUUUUUGUAAACGUAGUCUCGUUUUCCGAGGAUUUUUCGAACAUCAGAGAGGACAUAAACAGCCAUCUCAAGGA